AUGGUCACAAGAGGAUUCUAUGACAUCCGAAGUGUACUUAUUAUGGACGCGUUAAUCAUUCAUAAAGUUUUGAGUGACGAUGACAUGAGAAUAAUGCUCGAUAUUCAACAAAAGGAAAUCAGAGGCCUUUGCUCAAAAUUAAAAGAAGAUCAUAUACUCAAAGACCAUCUUCAAAAGGAAGAAGGAAAUACAUACCGACCAAUCACAAAAACUUACUACUACAUCCAUUACACAGAAGCUGUGGAUGCUAUUAAAUGGAAAGUCCACCAAACUGUGAAAAAAAUGGAAGACCAAACGAUUGCUGACGCUUAUCCUCAAGGUUACAUUUGCCCACAGUGUGGUGAACGGUAUUCUCAGCUCGACGCAUUCGCCCUCAGUAACUCGCUUGGAGUCUUUAUCUGUUCCAUUUGCGAUGGAGAACUCCAGGACGAUGAUACCAGUGACGAAGCCAAAGCAAAGCAGGCUACGCAAGCUAGACUUAUGAGCCAGCUGCAACCCAUCAUUGAUAGUUUGCGCCGCAUUGAUGAUACCUCUAUCCCAGACAAUACCUUUCAAAGCUCGCUUAGCGAGGCCCGGCCUCCUCCGGCCAAGGUUCCACCAGGUCAAUUUGCCAACGGUUUGUCUAAUUUUUACGAUACAGGCAACGGCUAUGGUGGUACUUUCAACAAUUACGCAUCAUCGUCCGCAUCUCUAACGCAACAAAAUGGUGCGGCUUCGCUCCAAGUCAACAUCACUUCGAAAUCUGAAACUGCAGCUCUGGAAAAACAGGCCCAAGAAGCAAAGGCCCGUCAUGCCGAAGAAAACGCUCUGCCUACGUGGCAUCUCGAAAGUACAGUUGGGAAAACAAUGUACGCUGGAGACAGCGAUAUUGUCCCCGAUAUGUCGGGAGAUACUAAGCAUGAUGACAAAAGCAAAAUCAAUUUGGAUAUUGAUAACAAGGCUGGUAUUAUCACAGGCGCAGGUGCUACAGCUAAUACAGAAGAAAACAAUUCCGAUAUCGCCGCUUACUUUGCUCGUCUCGAGGCUGCUAAAAAAGCAGAAGAAGAGGAAGAAGAAGAUGACGAUGAUGACGAUGAUGAUGCUGAUGAUGCUGAGUUUGAAGAUGUUGUUCCUGCAACUGAAACUAACACCAAACCAGCCUCUGCUCAAGAUGAUGAUGACGACGACGACGAUGAUGAUGAUGAUGAUGAUGAAGAUGAAGAGUUUGAAGACAUCUAA